AUGGAUCUCUGGACGCAGAAGGUGGCGCUGAUGGUGCUGAAGUUGGACAGCCCGAUGUGGACGAGGCUACGUCCGGUGCCGGAGAAGAUGGGAGCCGGGCGCGCCAACGCAAGUCGGAGGCAGAGCGCUCACGGCGAGGUCAACGUCGAGCCGGGCGUGAUCCUGAAAGUGAAGAUGAUCAGAGUUCCAGUGCAUGAUCGGAACAAGAGCACCGGUCAGGGCCCGCCACCUCCAGAGUGGAAUGGGGAGAACCCCAACUUCCAGGAUUGGUUGAUAAAGGCACGGCUUUGGUUAGCGACUACAAGAACGAAGCCCAAAUCAAGGCCCGAUGAUUUUACAGAGGCUCUCAGGACAACCGUUCCAGUCUCUGAAGCACUUGGCAAAGGACAAGACGUGGCUUUGAGACGAGAAGAAUGGCCAGAGGAUUUUGGACCUUUUGGUGAAGAUCGAGAAGAAGAAUUUCUCGCUGCCUUGGCAAAGCUGACAUACCAUUUGAAGAGAGGUCGUGACGAACAGUGUCGGCCUUUCUUUGCCUGA